AUGUCAAUUACUGAAACACACUUAAAAACAUAUGAAGAUCAAAAAGAAGCCUAUAACAAAGGGAAUGGAAGUAUCUUCUUUAAUUCACUAUUUGGAGCAAGAAAAGCUCAAAAGGGAACAGCUCUCUUCCAUAUUCUUAACAACAAAAGAAAACGAUUCAUAUCCAACGAAAAUCUAAUACAAGGAAAACUUCAAUGGACAAGGUUUUUCUCUAGAAACAAACCUAUUAACAUCAUUACGGUUUAUGCUUCAUCUGAUGGUGAAGAUGAUGAUGAAAUAAUCAACAUUAUUAUUCACCUUCUACUAAAAUGUGAAAAUGAAUUCAACAUUGUGCUAGGAGAUUUCAAUAUCAACACAAGGAAACCACAAAAUUCGAGAGAAAAAGAAUGGAAAGAACUUAUUGAGUGUUUCCAACUCAAAGAACUAAUCAUCCCAGAGAAUUACACAUACGUCAGAAAAGUCAUCAACUCAGUUCAAAAAUCACGACCUGAUCAUAUCUUCGUUUCUAACAACAUCAGAAUAAUCAGAGAAGUUAUUUUGCCACCAAUAUCCAAAAAUGAUCAUCUACCGUUCUAUAUUGACAUUGAGCUCGAAACAGACUAUUGUUGGAGAAACUUCAUCUCUAGGAAAGAUAUGAAUCAAAUCUCAACAACAUUGAACGAAUCACACUAUGAUUCAUUUGAUGCACUUCAGAAAGACAUAUCAGAAAUGGUUAACAAAUUUUCUUUCAAAGACGAUAAGACCAAUCUCAAAUACAUUAACACAAUCAAUAAGAAAGAAAUCAAAACCAAAGAAAUAGAACUCCUCCAUCUUGUAACACAAGGAAAAGGUCAAAAUAUCGAGGAAAUUGAAAAACUAAGAAAUAAUAUCAAAGUACUAUACAAGGAAACUGGAGCUGAUAUCAAAGCAAAACUAAGUGAAAAUUUCAACAAACAUGACAGCUCAAUGAUUUACCAGUUUGACAAACAUCUAAAAGAAAAAUCAAUAGAUUGGGAAAAUAUCCAAUUCUCUGAAGAAGAAAUUGUGCAUCAUUUUGAAACAAAAUUUACCUCAGUAUCCAAAUCAUCAGACUUUGAAAAUCCACCAUCAACCGUCAAGAAAGGACCGAAAAUACCACAAAUAAGCCUUAAAACAAUUAAAGAGGCGAUAUCGAGAAUGAAAUCCAACACACCCGGUCUAGACUCAAUAUCCUUCCAAAUUAUACGUAAUCUCAAAGACGAACAUCUACAACUUAUUGCUGACCAAUUUGAAAACUGCAUUCAACAAGGUAAUAUCCCUGAAGAAUGGAAAUCUGGUUGGGUUAAAUUACUCCCUAAAAGAGACAUUCAAAAACUAAAUGAUAUUAGACCCAUAACCAUUCUCCCAAUAUAUUACAGAAUACUUUUCAACAUAAUUGCAUACGAAUUAAGACAAUGGGCUUCCAAACACAUCAACUUAAGGCAACAAGCAUUUAUUUCACACAGAAACACAAUGAAUCACGGAUUAUUACUUUCAUCUCUAGCCAAAAAGAACAAGUCGUCAUUCCUUUUGGUAAACUUAGACAUCGAAGGCGCCUAUGAUUCCGUUGAAGAUCAUAUCAUUGAAAAAGCUCUCACUCAUUGUAAGUUUCCAGAUGAGUUGAAAACUUUUAUACUAAACUCAUACAAGAGUCAAAUAUUACAGCUAGAAAUUGAUCACCAUCUCUCUAGACCAUUCACAAAAACAAGAGGAAUACCACAAGGAUGCCCUUUAGCUCCUCUUAUAUAUGAUUGUAUUACUCAACUCAUCAUUGACAAAUGCAUACAACAAUGGAAAAUUUCAAUCAAACCAACCAAGCUUAAUAUUAACGAUAUUGGUUUGCUCUGCUUUGCUGAUGACAUUAAUUUAGUUUCAAACAGAUACUGCAAUUAUAACGAAAGACUUGAUAAUAUCUCUAAAUGGCUCGGCCAAUUAAGUCUAAAAAUUAAUCCUUCAAAAUCCAUGGCAACCACUCUCCCAACUAAAAGCAAAAUGAAGCCAAUGAUAGACGGUACUAUUAUACCAAGAUUCAAAAACCUUCGAGUACUUGGACACUAUCCUUGGGAUGACUCUACUUUAAAUGAAGAUAUUGAAAAAAGAAUCCUCCAAUUUCAACUCUCACUCAAAUAUAUUCCACUGAAAAGAAUGGAGAUAACAAACAUUAAGAAAGUAAUUUUUGCCAAAUGCACUAGCUUAUUUACACACAUUUUACGAACAAAUUACAUUCCUGAAUCACUUGUUGAUAGAAUUAACAUUGAAGUAAGAAAAGCAAUAAGAAAGAAAAUUUUCAUGCAUAAUGCUAGUCCAACAAACUAUUUUCACCUCCCAAUCACCUAUGGCGGACUUGGUAUUCCAAGAUUCGAUAUCUUUGCAGAUGAAAUUCGAAUCAAAACAGCCCUGUAUCUUAUUAACAAUGAUAAUGAACUUCUUAGAGAAGUAUAUUCAGAAGGAAUCAAACACGAAAAUUCGAUUUUUAAGGAAAUGAACAGAUCAAUGAAGAAAUACAAGAUCAGACCUCAACAAUUUAACAAUGACGAAAUCUUUCCAAAACUCAAAGGAAAGAAUUUUACUAUUUACACUGACGGAUCAAAUCUCAACAACUCAACAGGUUUCGGCUUUACCGCCAAAGUUAACAAUUCCCAAGAAACCCAAGAUUUCUCAUACAAAAUUAACAGCGAAUACUCACAUAACGUUGCUGAAUUAUCAGCAAUACUCACAUCACUAAAGAUACUUCCACCUAAAUCUAAGGCAAAAAUUCACACAGAUAGUGAAAUAUCCAUCCACGUUUUGAAAAACAAAGCCUAUAACGGAAUUUUUAACUGCUUCAAGCAUGAAUAUCAACAGGUCAUUCAACAAUCCAAUCUAAAUAUUCAACUAAUCAAAGUUAAAGGUCAUGUCAACAAAGGAAACAUCAAAGCUGACGAAUUAGCUAAGAAAGGAGCUCAAGAGCACAACUAUUUUGACAUUAAGAAGCUAUUUUCGAACCAAACCAUCCUUGCCACAUCUAAUACCAUUAUUUUCGACAUCAAAAAAUCCAUACAAAAGAAAAGAUAUGAUGUAAUGUUUAGCCAAUUUGAUAGAGAUAAUUCCAGUCUACACCUUACCAAGAACUGGUCAUCUAUCAAUCUAAAAUUCAUCAAAUCUAAAAUUGACACAAAUACUAAGUGGUCAAUCUGGAGAAACUUAACAAGCAACCAUAUCAAACAACAUAAGGAAAGACAAUGCGCUCACUGUAAAUGCCCCGGAACUCUAAAACAUUUCAUAUACUAUUGCCCUAAUACUCAAUGCUUUAGGGAUUUUUUCUACACUAAAUUCCUAGAUAUUACAUCAAUGCAAUGUAUCCUCAACGAUUAUCAAGAAUCAAGAUACUGUGAAAGAAGGAAAGUUUUCAUUAUUCAUCAUGACGGAGUAAUGAUUCGAGAUACUCAAAUGCCCAACUUUAAAAAUUUACCAAAUAUUUACCAAAAUUGGCCUGAAAUCCAAACAAUUCUCACCCUACUAGUUGGUAAAUGUCACACCAAGUAUUAUGAAAACUCAAGGUUUAAAAAACCAAUUCAAAAACAAACCCCAAUCCUCACGGAUUUACCAGCACCAGUGGUGCUAACAAUAAACUAA